UGACUUUGGUCUUAUUAAUUGUAUGUUAAUUCAAGCACACCCUGCUGAAUAGAUCUUGCAUUAGAGGACCUUUAUAGCAACCUUAUUCAAUUAGCCGCCUCCUUCACCAGUCUCUGAUUUAAACUAGAUAUCCUUUGCCACUGUUGACAACUGCCUUGCAAUACAACUCUGCUCCCAUCUGCUAAUGGACACAAGGAAACUUCCAUUGCGGAGCUCAAGGGGUCUUUGCCAGCUAAUGAGCUGGCAGGCGGGUGUUCCCAGAAGACCCUUUCCCAGUGCUGUCUCAUCAGAGCACCAACGCAGUGGCAAGAGGGCUUAAACCUAUCCAUGCACAUCGUCGUCAGCAGAUGAACGUCAGCAGGCAGCCCCAACAGAGUGGGAGAUCAAUUACACUGAAGCACACAGGGGAUGGUAUAAAUAAUGAGAGCAAACUGUGCAGGCAUCAGUGAAGUCUAAGAACAUAGUGAGCCGGAGAUCAGAACAGGGAUCUCCCCAUUCAGUCAGACAGUGCCAUGGCACGUCAAGGACCUCUCCUGCUCUUGCUCUUUGUAGUGCUAGUUGUCAGCACCCACCUGUCAAGAGCUCAGCACUGGUCUCACGGCUGGUAUCCCGGAGGGAAAAGAGAACUAGAUUUGUCACAGACUCCAGAGGCUUCAGAAGAAAUCAAACUGUGUGAUGGGGAAGUGUGUGCUUAUCUGAGAAGCCCAAGGAAAACCAUUGUGAACACUCUGCUGGCUGACAUGUUGGCAAGACAACUCCAGAAGAAGAAGUGAGCCCUUCAACGGACUCUUUCCGAAAUGCUUGCCAGCCCCACUGGCUUUUCAGUCGUUUCCUUUGCAACAUGAUGGUGUGUCUGUAGGUUCCAUGUAUCUGACCGUUAAAGAAUUCUUAUGAACAUCUUGGCUGACUGCACUCAAAUGCUGGGAACGUGGAUAAUGGUGUAAUGCUUGAGAAAUGUCCCCAACCCAUCACCCGACUAGAACAAGGCCCUGUCUGGAGUUCUUUACGCACUUGUGUAACUCCAUCAUGUUGAAUAAAAUACUUUAUUUUGCUACAUACACAAUUCCAUCCACAUUUAUGUCCUUACCCGUGUCUUAAAAAAAUAAAAAUAACAAAUCUCCAGCCCCAUAAACAAGUUUUAAGCACGCACUGAUUUUUGAACUAGAGUCGGGUCACAAAGCCCUUUAUUGGUAAUCCCUGCAUUGCUUUCUGGGUAGUUCAGCCUUCUGGCUGACUGCUGGAAUAUUCUGCCAAACUUAAUUCAAAAUGUGAGAAAACAUCCUAUGUACAGCUCUUUAUUCACAGAGAUAUAAAUAUCAGGGUUACAUGUAACCUUGGAAAGGUUUGAUGGUGUUAGUUUUUUUCACAAAAGGCAACAUUCUCAUGUUCAUAUUAAGAAAAUAAGAAAGAGCAAAGGUAAGGUUCUUGGGAAGAUAACAAAAGGAAACGUGAUCUAGUGGUUAGAGUGCUAGUCUGGGACUUGGGAGACCCAGGUUAAAGCCCUUCCUGCGUGACCUGGGGCAAAUUCACUUAGUCUCUCAGUGACUCAGUUUCCUCUCUGUACAAAUAAUAGCACUGCCCUAUUGGGGUGUUGUGAGGCUAAAUACAUUAGAGAUUGUGAAGAUACUAUGUAAUGGGGUUCAUAUACAUACCUAAGACAGCCCAAAGAGGGUAUCUUUUGUCUGCAGCAGGCUACAUCUGCCAUGAAUUGGUAGCUGCUUCUGCAGCAGUGAAGUAAUAUCAUUAAAGGCACAUUGCCUAGAAAUAAAGUCUAAUAGAUGUAAGGAGCAUACAGAUUGUAACUGGGAAACAUAGGUAUGAAU